GUAACUCCCAUUACUUUCCUGCCGAUGACGUCAGCGCGGAAGAUGGCGGCGGCAAGAAAGACGGGCUCUAUGAACUCCGCGAUGCGAAUAAUGGCAGUUUUACUGUCACUGCAGAUCCUUUCUAUGAACUGCGCAUCUGUUGCGAAAGCUGACGCGACUAAUAAGACAAGAAAUAAACCUGGAAAUGACACUUUAGCACCAGAUGAGAGCGCAUCAAGCGACAGUCAUCAGAGUCAAUCAGGCCAGAUGAAGAAUGUCAACAUCAGGACCAAAGCAGCUGACGCUCCCACCACUCCAGACCAGACUACUGACAAACCACCAGAGCCCACCAAAUCACCUGCAGACCAGACCGAGCCCACCACAACACCUGCAGACCAGCCCGAGCCCACCACAACACCUGCAGACCAGCCCAAGCCCACCACAACACCUGCAGACCAGUCCAAGCCCACCACAACACCUGCAGACCAGCCCAAGCCCACCACAACACCUGCAGACCAGUCCAAGCCCACCACAACACCUGCAGACCAGUCCAAGCCCACCACAACACCUGCAGACCAGUCCAAGCCCACCACAACACCUGCAGACCAGUCCAAGCCCACCACAACACCUGCAGACCAGUCCAAGCCCACCACAACACCUGCAGACCAGUCCAAGCCCACCACAACACCUGCAGACCAGUCCAAGCCCACCACAACACCUGCAGACCAGCCCAAGCCCACCACAACACCUGCAGACCAGCCCAAGCCCACCACAACACCUGCAGACCAGCCCAAAGCUGUGUCCACCCCUGCGGCUCACAACACUGAGAGCACCUCCGAUUACACAAGCGACCGCACCACAUCUCCAGAUUCAGACAUGGGCUUUGGAUACGACGAUGAUGAUGAUGAUGAUGAUGAGCAUUCUAGUGAAAACCUCACUGAGCCACCUCCAAACAUCAAGGAUGAGGAUGAGAGGAAAAACCCUAUCCUCACUGAAGAAUCUAAUGAUCAAAGCAAGGUCCCAAUCUACACCCCACAGGAUGAAGAUUCCCAUUUCUUCUUCCAUCUGGUCAUCAUCGCUUUUCUGGUGGCCAUUGUGUACAUCACCUACCACAACAAGAGGAAGCUGAUGCAGUUGGCUCAGAGUCACCGCUGGUGGGACACUUUCUGCUCUCGAGGGGUGAAGUAUCAUCGGCUCAACCAGAACGUCAACGAGGCCAUGCCCUCGCUCAAGAUGACCGACAAAACCUGUUAGCCUGCACCAGAACGUACAUACAAGAUCCGUCGUAAUAACGAGUCAUAAACACAUCCACAGCUGUAAAUCCCAGUUCAGUUAGGAAGGUGAGGGUCCACUGAACGACAUAUAACGAAGCAAUAACCUUGUAAUAUGGAUCAUAAUUCCUUUGUUUACGUUUCAUUUCUUCAGCGACAGAAUUGUUUGCGUCCGUUAUGGAAUAACUCAUGGUCGUAAACUGCGUCUUGGUAGUAAAAACACGGCAUGGUUUUGCAGUUUACAGAGUCACAAACAGAACGAGGCGAUACACUGAAAAAAAGAAUGAAUGAAAAAUAGGCGGAAGAUAGUUUAUUUGAAUUUGGCGCUUUCUCCGGGGAGCUGGUGACGCACUCUGACGCACCUGUCAGCUGAUGGAGGCGGAACUUACAGCGAUCAUCUUUUUCCUUUCUUUCUUUUAUUUUUCAACAGUUUUUAUAUAUGUGAGAGUGUGUUUUAUGUUGAAUGUGAAUGUAUCUGCAUGAUUACCA